CAUUUUGAAUUAUAAUGCGUUCGGCUCGAAAGUUGAUGAUAUUACGACUGACCCGAAAGUUCUCGAUGAAAUCGCUCAACGAUUCGCACCUGUAGUGUACUUGCACCCCAGUGAACCAUAUUAUCCAAGUGACGUAGAAUUUUUACUUGAAAAUUCCAUAAUGGCAUUUGGUAAAGAAAAUUCAGAUGAUGGAGUUUAUUAUAUUGACCCAGGUAGCGGAAAAAACACAAGUGCACCAUCACAACUUUCUCAAUCAAGUCUCCAAAAUUUCGCAAUCAACAUUUCCGGCACAACAUAUCGAAGUAAUUCUCCGACACAUCCUGGUGAUGAUGAUACAAUAUUUCGAUUAGUUGGUAAUGAAACGAUUCAAGAAGAUCGAUCAAAGACAUGGUAUAUUCCACCAAAUAAACCACCACCGGCUUAUUAUAGAAUUCACACGGGACAAGCUGAUAAGAAGAUUUAUGACAUCGAAUAUUGGUUAUUUUAUCCUUAUAAUGGUCCAACUUUUCAUGGUUUAACCCCUCAUGAAGGAGAUUGGGAACAAGCCACCUUACGAGUUUAUGUUGAUGAAAAUGCAAAGGCCGAUGAACCGAAAUCACAGGUGUUGGGAGUUUGGAUGUCGACUCAUUCUGAUGGAGGUUGGUGGGCCUCUUCAAUUUAUCAAUCUAGUGGUUCAAAUAUUGGUCCAUUAGAUUUCGAAGAAGAACAUCCCAUCGUUUAUAGUGCGAUUAAUUCUCAUGCAAAUUAUGGAACUAUUGGAACACAUAAAUAUUCGGGAUUUCUUGAAGAUCAUACCGAUAAAGGACAAAGGUGGCCUAUCGCGGAUAACUUGAUAAAAAUUUUAGAAGAUACCGAUAGGCAGUUUGAUGUUGAGAAAACCGAAGUGUUAAAUAAUCAAUUAUGGGUCAAAUUUAGGGGUAAAUGGGGAAGGUACGUUAAUUAUGUAGUGGACAUUGGAUCAGGUCCCAUCACUCCAAUUGAAGCUGGAAAUAUUAAUGAUCCUGCUCAAUGGAAAUCUCAAAAGUUCCCAUUUAAUCCCAUUCCAAAAUAA